CUGGAAUAAUGGAGGACUGUCUUUCUUACCCGGACUGAUGAUGUCUGUAUUCCUACUGUACUACCCGUGAUCUGAGGAAAAAAACAAGUCGUCUACAUUUUGGCGUGUUCAGAGUAACAAUCCCAAGACAAGAUGACCACAGACACACCAGCCCAAAGCAUCCCCUCCAGGAUAAUGACGUUCACCCCCUCUAAAGAGGAGUUCAAGGACUUCAGCCGGUACAUUGCCUAUAUGGAGUCACAAGGAGCACACAAAGCUGGAAUGGCAAAAGUUAUUCCCCCUAAAGACUGGAAGCCUAGACGGACGUACGAUGACAUUGAUGACCUCGUGAUUCCUGCUCCCAUUCAGCAGGUGGUGACCGGCCAGUCAGGACUGUUCACACAAUACAACAUCCAGAAGAAACCCAUGACCGUCCAUGAGUUCCGCAAGACCUCCAACAUGGAUAAGUUCUGCAACCCCCGAUAUGUGGACUUUGACGAGCUGGAGAGGAAGUUUUGGAAGAACCUGACAUUCAACCCUCCACUCUACGGGGCUGAUGUUAGUGGAACGCUGUACGAUCCAGAUGUUACUGAAUGGAACAUCGGCCGUCUCAACACCAUUCUGGACACUGUGGAGAAUGAGAGUGGGAUCAAGAUCAAAGGAGUCAACACACCCUACCUGUAUUUUGGGAUGUGGAAGAGUGCUUUUGCGUGGCACACUGAAGACAUGGAUCUGUACAGCAUCAACUAUCUGCACUUUGGAGAGCCCAAGUCCUGGUAUGUUGUCCCUCCGGAGCAUGGGAAAAGACUGGAACGACUUGCUAAGGGUUUCUUUCCAGGGAAUGCUCAAGGCUGUGAGGCCUUCCUGCGCCACAAGAUGACUUUAAUUUCACCCUCCAUCCUGAAGAAAUAUGGCAUCCCAUUUGAAAAGGUAACUCAGGAGGCAGGGCAAUUUAUUGUGACGUUCCCAUUUGGCUAUCACGCUGGGUUCAACCAUGGCUUCAACUGUGCCGAGUCCACCAACUUUGCCACCCAGCGAUGGAUUGAUUACGGGAAACAGGCAACACUGUGUUCGUGCCGUCAGGACAUGGUGAAGAUCUCCAUGGAUGUGUUCGUGCGCAAGUUUCAGCCCAGUCGUUACAAAUUAUGGAAGGCGGGGAAAGACAACGCUCCCAUUGACCACACCAAACCCACACCAGAAGCUGCCGAGUUUCUGAAGGAGAACAAGACCGAACCUGCAAAAGGGAGUCCCAGUGAAGCUGGAUUGGUGGAACCCACUGCUCCAGUCCAGGAGGACAAAAGUCCAAAGCUUCAGUCUGGGACGAAGCGUCUGAUUGAAGCUGUUGAAGACAUCAAACCUGAGUUUCAGGUGAAGGAGGCUGAGGCGGUGGAGCCAAAGAGGGCCAAGCUCUCACGCAAAGAGUCCCCGACUAAAGUCUCUGUCAAACCAGAUAAAGACAAAGUGAAUUUGAAGCUGGAGCCUAAGAAGGAGAAAGACUCCAGGCCACAGUCUAGAUCUCAGUCCAAAGCCAGUGCUAAGAAAACAUCAAACAGAAGAAGUCCAUCAAAGAAGGAGAAGAGUGGUGAGUCGGCUGCAGACGUCUGUCCUCCUGAGCCUGUUGAGAGCCAGGUAGUGGCGCUGUCCUCGGAGGAAGCGAGCGGCAGCGUGGAGUCUCAGCUCGGCAUCGACUGUAGCCCAGCACACAAACUGUUUCAAAGGACGCUGAGCCCUGCAGACGUUCUGCACGUCCACAGCUACGCCAAAGGUGACUACGGAGAGGGAGAAGCCCCACCCAGGGAGGAGAGGAAGAGUGAGAGUAGUGACCACGAGAUGGAGAAAGACAACAAGCACGUUAGCAAAGCACAGGUGGCAGAAGAGGUGGCUGAGGAUGGAGAGCCAGAGAGUGAUCUGGGACAGCUGCCAGGUCACCAUCCACUCAUCAAGGACGGCAUGAGUGAUGACGAGGCUCCAGAAGAGGCCCCCCCAGUAGAGGAGGGUGGUCUGGAAGGGGAGAGUUGGGCUAAACCCCUGGCUCACCUGUGGCAGAGCAGACCCCCCAACCUGAAGAAGGAGAGGGAGUACAACCAACGCAUGGGCUCCAAACCUCCUUACUGCUCCAUCUGCAUGUUGUUCCACACAUACCAGCAGACUGAAUGUGCCAACAGCGUGGACAGUCUUGUCAUGGUGCCUGGGGGGCGGAUGCGGACCAAACCUCUGAUCCCAGAGAUGUGUUUCACCACCACCACAGAUGAGGACUCUGAGUGUGAGCAGCAGCCUGUAACACCUCACCUGGAGGAAGAUGGAACCAGCCUCCUCAUCACCUGCUCUCAGUGCAGUGUCCGCGUCCACACCAGUUGUUAUGGUGUGGAUCCAGCCAGUGUGAGCAAGGACUGGAAAUGUGCGCGCUGCAAGGCUAAUGCCAUGACUGAGAAUUGCUGCUUGUGUUCACUGAGGGGCGGAGCCUUGCAGAAAGCCAACAAUAACAAGUGGGUACAUGUGCUCUGUGCAGUGGCUGUACUCGAGGCGCGCUUUGUCAACAUCACUGACAGAAGUCCUGUGGAUUUAAGUGGAAUCCCUUUGCAGAGAUUUAAACUGAAAUGUUACUACUGUAAGAAGCGGAUGAAGAAGGCGUCCGGCUGCUGUGUGCAGUGCUCUCAUGGCCGCUGCCCCACUGCCUACCACCCCACCUGUGCACAGGCGGCAGGAGUCCUCAUGCAGCCGGAUGAGUGGCCCUUUGUGGUGCACGUCACCUGCUGUCGACACAAAGGCCCCACUCAGAUCGAGCGCAAUAAAGCAGCCAUGCACGAGCUGACUGUGGGACAGAAGGUGAUAUGCAAGCACAAGAACGGCCGCUACUACCAGUGUGACGUGGUGCAGCUUUCUAAAGAAACGUUCUACGAGGUCAACUUUGAUGAUGGUUCCUUCAGCGACAAUCUCUUCCCGGAGGACAUUGUGAGCCGAGACUGUGCUCAGCUUGGACCCCCACCUCAGGGUGAAGUGGUUCAGGUGCGCUGGACCGACGGCCUGGUGUACGGGGCCAAGUUUGUGGCAGCUCAUGUCAUCCAAAUGUACCUGGUGGAAUUUGAGGAUGGGUCACAGCUAACAGCCAAGAGAGAUGAUGUCUACACUCUGGAUGAGGAACUCCCCAAGAGGGUCAAGUCCAGACUGUCCAAAGCAUCAGACAUGAGGUUUGAUGGGAUCUUUGAAGAGAAGGAGAUCAUCCAGGAGUCAAAGAGACAGAGAGUGAUCAACUCGCGUUACAGGGGGGACUACAUAGAGCCUGUGAUUUACAGAGCCAUCAUGGAGUAGCCUUCACUUCCUGUCUGCUCACCCACCCACACACCAGCAGCAGCAGCACUGACAGACUGAACUGUGCUCACUGUACCUUAACCUAGCAGCUAGCCACUGAGAGAGUGUAGCUCCAGAUGACUUCCUUCAGCACCUGCUUCGGACUGUUUUUUAUUUUCUACUCCUCAUUCAUCUUUGUUAGGACAGUUCUGUCUGCUUUGUUAGUUUGACUGUGAAAAAGGAAACAGCAGUAUUGUUAUUUGAGUUGUUCCAUAGGACUCCACACACAGUGCAGUGCGCUAACCUGCAGUCUGGCAGUAUGUAACAGUAGGAAGCAAUAUAAACAUGACAUUCAAUAAAGUAGCAUUGUGACAGUGAGGCGCCAAUAAAGAAGACGAGGCAGGUGUUAAACUUGAUGUGAAACAGCUCUUUUCGAAACAGUUCAGGUGGAUAUCUGAGCUUAAAGGAUAAUAUAUUUGAUUUCUUUCCUGCUGCCAUCAGUGCCUAUCACACACAACCCAACAGCUGUCAAAGGUCAAAGGUUUCAAUCGUAUUUACAAUUUGUAAAUGGCUGAACUGAUUCUUUUAAAUGAAUAACCAAAUUGUCACCUCCACAUUCUGAGAUUUCACUCAUUUGCCCAAAUUAUUAAAGGACCAGAGUUUAGUAGCCUAACACCCCUCCCCUCCCCCCUCCCUCUACAGUUGCCUUCAGGUGUUAUCCUCUCUAGAGCCAGUGUUGGUUUGUCAGCUCUGGGCUCCUGUAGAAACAUGGAAGAGGACAUGCUCCCUGUGUAGACAUGAAGGACUCAUUCUAAACUAAUGGAAACACAGUGAUUCUUAGUUUCAGGUGAUAAACAUAAUUCUGAAUAUUAUAUUCCAAUAGAUCAUUUUCAGUCUUACACACUGUUCCUUUGAGUGUAUGAUUUACUAAAUUGUGAUGAAAGUUUGAAAAUGUUUAGGUUUGCAACUAAUACUUACUUUGUUUAUCAGUUUAUCUGCCAAUUAAUGGACUGAUCAUUUUGUCUAUACAGUGUCAGAAAUAAGUGAAAACUGAUCGUCACAGUUUCAUCACAGCAUGAGUAUUUUUUCCGAUUGUUCUGUUUUUAUUCAGGUUAAUCUUUUAAUUGACUAAUCAUUUCAACUCUAAAAAUGUUAAACCUGAUACCCGCCCGGCUUCAUGGGCUCUAUUGAGUUGUGCCAUGCUGAUUUGUUUAGCAAUAUGCACCAUAUGAACAUAAUAUAAACAACAGUAAUUAAACAAUAAUUAAAGCCUUACAACUACAUAUUGACUUAGGGCCACUGUGCAGAGCCCAAUAUUACAGAAUGGGACCCAAACUCCUUAUAGUACUAUAGUGGAGCAGGGGCCACUGGGGGUCUGGCACUUUGUCUAGUUGGUAAUCAGGCCUUCAUCCAAACCUGACCCAAGACCUGGAGCUCAAUGUCAUUCAUUACUGUCAGACGUCAGGUGAAACUGAUCAUUGCUCAUCUAACACAUAGACGUCACACUGACGAAGAACCAGACCCAACACAAGCUCCACAUGUUAAAGGCCUGUAUACAACCCGAAAGGUAAAGAGCAGGUGAGGUCACAACAUGUAUUUUAUCAUUUUUAUGGAUUUGAAGGAGCCACUCACUGACAGUCAGACUCUAUACAGGCAGAAAUUAGACAACAUUACACUGGUAUCCUUUGAUUAAAGGAAUACUUCACCCAGAAGGUUUGUAUCAGUCAGCUACUGGAGGGAUGCACAGGAUGUUUGAGCAUGUGAGUUUUCAUUAAAAAGUAAAGUGGCAGCCAUUUCUUGAAACACAGAAGCUGCGAAAGGCCACACUCGCUCUCUAAUCCGUUAUCUUGAGAAAAAAAGCUUAUCUCUUAUCUCAAGAAAAACAUUUAAGUGUGGCCUUUCUCAGCUUCCAUAUGAAGACAAUGAAGUUACAGUUAGAUUCGUUUUAAUAGUACUGGGUACAGCUUGAAGUUUUUCUUUUUAAAUUAAAGAUUUAAAUUAAUUUUUAACUUUUAGAUUUUGAGAUUUUUGCAGAUUUGUGCAUGAAACAUAAAAGUCCAAAGUUUUAAAAUGUUUUCUAAACACAAAUGACAGGAACAGCAGUGUGACGGACACGAUCUGAUCUCAAAGGUCCACUUUCUCCCUCUUGGCUUUUAACUGCAGUUUGAAACUCUCAGGCUCGACCUGCAGCCGACUGAGCACAUGAGUUGAAGUUUUAGAAGUUUUUUACUUCAGAACAGUUUUUAAUUAAGAAUCUCCAGCAACUUCAGAGUGUAAACUUUGACCGCCAUCAGUCCAGACGACGUGGUUGUAACAGAAGCGAUGGAGUAUAUGGAUGAAGUAGUUCUUUGAGUGGAAGCAAUGCCAUUGAACCCACUGAUUAUUUCUCCUCUUUAACUGUAACUAUUAACUGCAUUCCUUCACAUUUGAAUAUGACAUUUAAAUAUGGCUUUUACAUGCUGACUUGUUUUUAUCAGCCUAUUUAUUAUUACGGUGCUUUAAGAAAGUAAUGGAGUCAGCAGUGACACUGCAGAGGUUGAUGAUGUAUGUUCUAUUUUUUCUACAGUAUAUAGAUGAAUUUUAAAGAAUCCAUUCAGAUUUUUAAUGCGCUUUCUCUCCCCAGUUGUUUCCUCAGUCUUCUACUGAAAGUUGUACAUUGCACUUUUUUUUUUAUUUAAGUCCAGUUUGCGAGGAUGUUUGAAUCGUUGUGCGUUGCCAUUGCUAAUUUGUUAAAGACCUGUUUCAGAAUGUUAAUUGUACAUUUAUAAAAUGUCUUACAGAUUGUGCGCCCCUCCCUGAUUGAUCACAUUGCACUUGUCACUGGGGGCCUUCAGUGUCAUCCUUUGAACUUGUUCUUAUUGUGCUGUGAGACUGCAGCCUUCACACACCCUGCUCUCAUCAGUCCAGUGCAGAAGGACUUUAUUUUAUUCAUAAAGUAUCAACAGAGAUGUACAUGGGGAGGGGGUAUUUUGUAUUCUAUUUUAUUGCGUUGUUUUGUACAACAUGUUUUAUGUGUAUUUUCACAGAGACCUGUGAAGUGUAAAUGUCACGUAGUCUAUUUUAAGAUGUUACCUGUCGACAAAGGAGACGAGCUGAGGUCAUCGCUGUCGUCUCCUUCUGAAGAGAAAUGACUUCCAGAUUAUCAUUCAAACAUUUUGUAAAAUUCAUUUUUGUUUCAGUAAAGAAAUUUGCUUCA